AUGGCAGAUUAUACUUCAGCAGAGUAUACGGACAUGAUUAUCGUAUACGGAGCAGCCGGAGAAAAUGCUCGUGCUGCGGCUCGUCUUUACGCGGAGCGAUUUCCCGAACGUGAGCGUCAUCCAUAUUAUAAAACAAUUUUGAAUUGUGUUCAACGCGCCAGAGAAACACUAGGAGUUGUGAUGCCAAAUCGACGAAACGUGGGGGCACCAGUACGUUAUCACGUACGAGAAGAAGAGAGAAUCCUGCGAGCGUUCGAAGAAAACCCCAGGACCAGUGUGCGCCGUGUAUCUCGGAUGCUCGGUCUCUCGCGAUACGUGGUGCAUCAUCUUCAAAAUGGAUUGCAUCCGUAUCAUCAUCAGCGAGUACAGCAACUUUUACCGAGAGAUGACGAAUAG